AUGGUAACAUCACUAUCGGACCAAGUCUUCAUUGCAGACACAAUUCGUCUUAUCAAUAAUUACGGCGUUGUCUCCUCUACUGUGCUUUGGUUGGCGGACUUCCUCGCUACAUUCCCGAUCGAAGUUGCCACUAUAUGGUCACGCAAGCCAACUUUCCACACCAUCGUCUUUCUUGUGAAUCGAGGACAAUGCGUGCAGCACUCUCGGAUAUCUAGCACAGGCAUAUCUCAUGGUCUGCACUAUAGCAUCCGGAAUCCUAUUGACGCACCGAGUAUCCGCACUUGGGACACGGAAGAAGGCCGUCAUAUCAUUAUCGGGAACCCUCCUUUCAGUCCGACUAGGAUUGUUGAUAUAUACUGGAUUCAUCCUGCGAAUCCCUUCGCCAAUAGCAGAAUAUCGCCAUCCGAGCUAUCUCAGGUGUAG